CCUCACCCUUAACGACAGCUCCUUCGACGCAAAUAGGUCCAUCUUGCAGCACUCUGGUAGACAGACGCCAUCGCGAAGUUACUCCUACAGGAUGAUGCCUCACAAGUCGGUGUUGUCACCUCGUGGGGACUCUACAGCGUGCAUGUUCCAGCUUCCGAAGCCCCUUACGGAGGAGCAGACGCGUGCAGCAUAUUGCAUCUUGACGUUCGAUGAGCCACUUCUGCAGUCUGAUGGCUGUAAAGAGACUGAAAACGGAAUAUGCAUGGCAGACUUCGUGGUACACAUAAAAGAUACUCAGGCUAACGGCGAGGAAGAGGUCGGUUCGGUGACACUGAAGACCCUUCCGAAGCAGUUAGGAAUCGGUCAGUCAUAUCUUAAGAAAGGCAAGUUGGGGGUGUUUGCCCUGAAGGACCUUCCGCACCCCUGCUUCUUUGGGCCCUUCUUUGGCCGGAACAGACCUACGGUUGAGUGCAGCUUGUCUGACAGGUGUUGCGUGAAGGUCCUGGAACAGGCAUACAAAGCCGCAAAUAUUGACACGACCCAAGAGAAAGGCAACUGGAUGACUUUCAUUAAAUUCACCAACGUAGUUAAAUGCACAAAUCUCACGGCUUUCAUUCACGGAGAAUCCAUCUACUACAAGACAACAACACCCAUUAAAAGGUUCGAGGAGCUAGUGUUAAACACCACAUGUGAUCAGCACUACUCCUCAUCCAGCAUUCUGCUCAAAACGAUGUUUGAAUAGAUGGGCAGUAUAUGAAGAUAAGAAGCCAACGUUUUAUGGACAUUCAUGUUUGAGUUACUUUACAAGUUGAUUGCAAGAUAAAAUGUAAAAGGAAAAAGAAGGUUCCAUGUUGUUGUUUUUUUUUCUCUAAAGUAGUAUUGCUUUAUUUUGAAAGGAAUAUAUAAAAUUGUCAUGAUCUCGAUAAAAAAAUGAUAAAAUAUAUAUUUGUAUUUGUAUUUAUUACUGACAGUAAAGAGGAAAAUUAUUUUUAA